UUUAUAAGGUAUAGGCCAAGGUUUGGUGCAUAGUAUGUGUCAACUUGGAUAGGAAGAAAUCAAAAUUGAAGGAAUUAGGGAAUAUCCGAAUUCCCUCAAGCGCCCAUUCUGUUUAGGGUAAGCGUAAGUUGAAUGUAAUUGAAAAUUCCAAAACCUGGAUUCGAUUUUUCAUUCUCUUUAACGCUCGCAAAACUUGGAACAUUGUCAUGAACAACACACACAACCUCCAUAACCUUCUUUCUUUUUCUUUUUCUUUCUUUCUUGUUCUUCCUUGUGUUUCUCUGACUUGGGUUUUCUUUUAAUCCGUCAAACUCUUCUUUCCGAGACCUCGGACCUUAAAUCUGCAUACCAAUCCAACGCAACCCUUUUUCUCUUCUUUUCUGUAUCUGCAAUCUGACCAAUAUACCGCAAAUUUCAUCUUCUUUAUUGGGGUUUUCUUCUUCCAGAUUGUAGUUUUUCUUCGGACUUUGUAGCUAAAGCUCAUAUACAAGUUUAUCAUUUGCACAAUUUGAUGGGUUGAUGGUAAGCUUAUUGGUUAAUAGGUUACUUGCUUCCUGAAUAAGAAACAACCUGUGGUGGAUAAUCAUCAGAAACGAAUGAAAAGUGAUUAUGUCUGAACUGAUUGACGGUCUCCCGGACGCUGUUGCCCUUAGGUGCCUUGCACGUGUUCCCUUCCACCUCUACCCAAAAUUGGAGCUUGUUUCUCACUCCUGGCAAGCUGCCAUUCGUAGUGCUGAACUGUUUAGAGUUCGACAGGAGAUUGGAUCAUCAGAAGAUCUAUUAUGCGUAUGUGCAUUUGAACCUGAGAAUCUAUGGCAGCUUUAUGACCCCCUCAGAGACCUUUGGAUAACAAUUCCUGUACUUCCAUCGAAAAUUAGGCAUCUUGCACACUUUGGUGCCGUCUCCACUGCUGGAAAGUUGUUUGUGCUGGGUGGUGGCAGUGAUGCUGUUGAUCCGUUAACUGGUGAUCAAGAUAGGAACUUUGCAACCAAUGAGGUGUGGUCAUAUGAUCCUGUAAUACGUCGGUGGUCUCAACGUGCAUCAAUGCUUGUACCACGUGCCAUGUUUGCAUGCUGUGUUUUGGAUGGAAAGAUUGUUGUUGCGGGUGGUUUUACUAGCUGCAGAAAAUCAAUUUCUCUGGCAGAAAUGUACGAUCCUGAUAAAGACGUUUGGAUUUCCCUGCCUGAUCUACACCGUACUCACAGUUCUGCUUGCACAGGGGUAGUGAUUGGAGGGGAGUUGCACGUCUUGCACAAGGGAUUAUCAGCAGUUCAAAUUUUCGAUAGCCUGCGGCUUGGAUGGAGGGUUAUAGAUUAUGGUUGGCCCCAAGGCCCAAUGGCUGUUAUUCAGGGUUCACUUUAUGUGAUGAGUCAUGGACAAAUUUUCAAGUACCACGGAGAAGCAAAAACAGUUAAAAAAGUUGUAGUUUCAGCAUCCGAAUUUCGCCAACGAAUAGGGUUUGCAAUGAUUGGUUUGAGAGAUGAAAUUUACGUGAUCGGAGGGGAUAUUGGUCCCGAUCGUUUGAAUUGGCACGUCAAGCCAACGUCGGAUGUUGACAUAUUAACAACAGGAGGCGAGAGGCCCACAUGGCGACAUGCUGCCUCGAUGACAAGAUGCCGUGGGGCAAUUCGAGGAUGUGCUCAGUUGAGAAUUUAGGACUUUACAUUCGUUAUUGUGUUUGUACCAUGUAAUUGAAUUGUAUUUUGGGUCUGAAAUCCCUCCUACUGGCUGCCUCUUUUUGUAAUCUUUGGUCUUUGAUGUUAAUUCUAGGGGUAUAUGUUGAUGGAUGACUCCUGGAAUUUGGAUCACAUCGGAACGGUCUACAAUCUGAUAGUACAUGAAUAUUACGAAUUAGUAUGAUGGGAGGGUCAAAUUUUCAUUUCUAAAUACUUGAAUGGAGAAGAAUGAUUUGUUGGCA